AUGGGAAGUUCUUCGCUGCGGUCAUUCAAUGCGGGAUUGAAUCUGAGGGGAAGAAAGUAUUUGACUCAUCCCCGACUUCCUAGAACCUUCUCUCCUCUUCUCUUCCACCCUUCAACUUCUCUUCCUUUCUUUACCCACGCCAGGAUGGCUUCCGAUACUUCCAAGUCUGAAUGGACUGCUCAGAAAGUUAGAGAUACUUUUCUUGACUUUUUCAAGAAAAAUGGACAUACAUUUGUCCCUUCAUCUCCUGUCGUUCCUCUGUCAGAUCCGACUCUGCUUUUCACCAAUGCUGGAAUGAACCAGUUCAAGUCCAUCUUUCUUGGAACUGUUGACCCGGAGUCAGACUUUGCAAAACUGCGCCGUGCGGCAAAUUCACAAAAGUGUAUUCGUGCAGGUGGAAAACACAAUGAUCUCGAUGAUGUGGGCAAAGACAGUUACCACCAUACCUUUUUCGAAAUGCUCGGAAACUGGAGUUUUGGCGACUACUUCAAAAAGGAUGCCAUCUCGUUUUCAUGGACCCUCCUGACAGAGGUCUAUGGACUGGAUCCCGAUCGAAUCUACGUCACCUACUUUGAGGGAAAUGAGGCAGGUGGCCUGGAACCAGAUCUCGAGGCAAAGGAACUUUGGAAGUCUGUUGGUGUCGCAGAAUCCCACAUCCUUCCUGGAAAUAUGAAGGACAACUUCUGGGAGAUGGGUGAUCAAGGUCCAUGUGGACCUUGCAGUGAAUUGCAUUAUGAUCGUAUUGGUGGACGUAAUGCUGCCCACUUGGUCAACCAGGAUGACCCAAAUGUGCUUGAAAUCUGGAACAAUGUGUUCAUCCAGUACAACCGCGAGGCGGACCGAUCGUUGCGAUCGCUCCCGAAUAAGCACGUUGACACUGGUCUAGGUUUUGAGCGACUGGUAUCUGUCCUCCAGGACAAACCCUCGAACUAUGAUACCGAUGUCUUCACUCCCAUCUUUCAGGCCAUCCAAAAUGUCACCGGGGCCCGUGAGUAUCGUGGACUUUUCGGAGCCGAGGAUCAUGAUGGUGUCGAUACCGCUUACCGUGUCGUCGCAGACCAUGUACGAACCCUCAUGUUCUCCAUUUCUGACGGCGUCAUUCCCAACAACGAGGGACGUGGCUAUGUUAUCCGUCGAGUACUCCGCCGAGGUGCUCGCUAUGCUCGCAAGUACUUUCAGGUUGAUAUCGGAAACUUCUUCUCGAAACUUGUACCGACAGUGGUGGACCAGCUGGGUGAUAUGUUCCCCGAGCUUAAGAGGAAGCAGCAAGAUGUCAUGGAGAUCCUCGAUGAGGAAGAGCUUUCCUUCGCCAAGACACUUGAUAGAGGUGAACGGCAAUUUGAGCAAUAUGCCCAGCAAGCUAAAGCCAAGGGCUUGGAUAAGCUCCACGGUGCCGAUGUUUGGCGCCUAUACGAUACAUUCGGUUUCCCGGUUGACCUGACUCAAAUCAUGGCCGAGGAACGCAGUCUUCGCAUUGACGAUGCCGAGUUCGAGGAGGCCCGCCUGAAGGCAAAGGAAGCAAGUAAAGGUCAGAAGAAGGCCGCCUCCGAUACCCUCAAGCUUGAUGUCCACGAUCUUGGAAAACUCCAGAAGAUGGAUCAUAUCCAAAAAACAGACGAUUCAUCCAAGUAUGGCCGUGGCAAUAUCACGGCUCACGUCAAGGCUAUUUACCAUGGAAAGACAUUCUACGAGAGCUCUCAAGCAGUUCCUGAAGGAGAGCAGCUCGGUGUGAUCCUUGACUGUACUAACUUCUACGCCGAACAGGGUGGUCAGGAAAACGAUACUGGUAAGAUUGUCAUUGAUGGUCAGGCUGAACUUGAUGUCAGUGACGUUCAGCUGUAUGCCGGAUACGUCCUUCACACGGGCUUCAUGAAGUACGGGGCCUUUUCUGUGGGAGAUAGCGUGAUUUGUGAAUACGACGAACUCCGUCGAUGGCCCAUUAGGAACAACCAUACAGGUACCCAUAUCCUGAACUUCGCACUGAGGGAAGUCCUCGGUGAUGGAGUGGAGCAACGAGGUUCUCUGGUGGCUGCCGAAAAGCUUCGUUUCGAUUUCUCCCACAAGGCUGCAGUGUCAGAUGCAGACUUAGAGAAAGUCGAGGCAAAGUCCACUGAAUACAUUCGCCAAAAUUGUACUGUCUAUUCUCAGGAGGUGUCCUUGGCCACUGCCCAGGAAAUUUCCGGUGUUCGAGCUGUCUUUGGUGAGACAUACCCGGACCCUGUUCGUGUUGUCUCCGUCGGUGUUGAAUUGGAGGAGAUUUUGCGUGAUGUCAGCGAUCCACGCUGGAAGGAGGUCAGCAUCGAGUUUUGUGGUGGAACCCAUGUCCAGAAGACCGGCGACAUUAAAGAUUUGAUUAUCCUAGAGGAAAGUGGCAUUGCUAAGGGAAUUCGUCGAAUCAUCGCGGUGACCGGAGAAGAAGCGCAUGAAGUUCAACGUGUUGCGGAGGAAUUCAGCAAGCGUCUUGAUCGGUUGGACGUGAUGGCUCUUGGUCCCCAGAAGGAACGGGAAGCCAAACAAGUACAGGUAGAUCUCAACCAGCUCACCAUCUCAGCUGUGCAAAAGGCACGCUUCCGAUUGCGCUUUGCUGCGAUCAACAAACAGGUACUUGAUGGCCAAAAGGCUCAACAGAAGCUGGAGGUCAAGAAGGCUGUAGAUGCCAUCACUACCCACUUCGAGUCGCCAGAAAAUAAAAAUUCGGCAUGGCUUGUCGUGAAGCUUCCUUUACCGACAAGUGCAAAGGCUGUCAGUGAAUCCAUUAACCACGUCAAGUCGAAGUUGCAGGAUAAGAACGUCUACGUACUGGCUGUUGACUCGGAACAGAGUCGUGUUUCACAUGGCUGCUACGUGUCAAGGGACCUAGCUAACCAAGGUGCCUCGGCAAAUGACUGGGCUGCUGUCGUCUCCAGUGCCGUUGGAGGCAAGGCUGGAGGGAAAGGAUCGACCUCUAUUGGCAAUGGUAUCAAUCCAGACAAGGUUGAGGAGGCCAUCUCGCUUGCUUCGGAAUACCUAAGCAAGUUCAAGCUUUAA